CGCCCAAACGCAGCGACAACAUCCUCUGCGCAUGCGCAAUUGAAUUCAGCCGUCACUGCUUCUCCGACUACCACAUACUCAUACCGCUUCCGCCGUCAUGGGAGAAUCAAGACAGGAACUACUGCAAUGGCUUAACGGGCUACUCCAGCUCAACUUGACCAAGGUCGAACAGUGUGGUACUGGCGCGGCCCUCUGCCAGAUCUACGACAGCAUCUUCCUCGAUGUGCCCAUGGGUCGAGUCAAGUUCAACGUCAACGCCGAAUACGCCUAUCUCGAGAAUUUCAAAAUCCUCAGCAAUACCUUCCGCAAGCACCAUGUCGACCGACCGAUUCCCGUGGAGAUGCUGGUGAAGUGCAAGAUGCAGGACAACCUCGAAUUCCUUCAGUGGUCGAAGAGAUACUGGGAUCAGUACUAUCCGGGAGGAGACUACGACGCGGUGUCGAGGCGGAAAGGGCUCGGUGCUGGAGCUGCGCCGGCAUUGCCACCCACAAGCCGCGCUCCUGCUGCUGCGGCGACCGCUCGAAGGCCAGCUGGAGGUGCUGCUGCUCCGCGUUCAGGCAGUCGUCAAGCCGCACCCGCUAGCAGUCUGCUGCAGCAAAAGAACGCCGAGUUGACGGAGACUGUUCAAGGUCUUGAGCGCGAGCGCGACUUCUACUUCAGCAAGCUGCGGGACAUAGAACUUCUCAUCCAGCAGGCGAUGGAUGCCGACCCUGCGCUCGAAGAAGACGAGGGCAGUCUCCUCAAGCAAAUACAGACAAUUCUGUACUCUACUGAGGAGGGCUUCGAGAUUCCACAAGAGGCUGACGGAGAGCUCGCGGGCGAGGAGGAGACGUUUUGA